AUGUCGAGCAACAACCUCAACGCCAACGCCAACGGUGACGGGCGACAGGGCGUCGGUGGCGGUGGACCUUUGCACGCUUCGCAUCUCGGCGUCGGUGGACCAGGUCCUGGUGCAGGUGACCGGGUCGGAGGUGCAGGCGGAGGAGGGGUCGGAGGGUCCACGGGCCUGCCACCACCACUAGCCUCGACCAUGGGCGGCGGCGCAGGCGCAGGCGGUGGCGCCGGUGCAACCGUCGUCUAUGCUCCGAGUCGACUUAACGACCUGCUCGACUUUGUGCGGUCAGAGUUCGACCAGGCCACGGGGGAGAUGGGCAUGCUCAGGGCCGCGAGGGAAGAGUACGAAGCCAUGAGUGAGUGAUCGAUGAUCGUCGUCGUGUGUCUGUGUCGAGUCGAGUCCGUCUCCGCAUCCCGGCCCUCGUCGAUGCGCGACCCCCUCUCUGCUCGCCCCGAGGACGUGGUGCACGCAUACAUCGAAGUUGUCCGACCGCUCCAAUCUCGUUGCCCUCGACCUGCACCGACCGAGGCGCAGCCCACACAGCCGCUAUCCGUAUCCGUGGCCGAGGGAGAGCGCCGGGCAUCGACCACGUCGACGGCCGCCCCCGUGCCCGGCCCUGGUUCUCCUCGUCGUCGUCGCUGUCAAGCACCUACCUGCCAGGAUUGAACGCCGAUCGGCCUCGAAAAUAGCAACAAACAGAGGGAUGUGUGCUGACCGACUGUAUUGGCGCUCCCCCGCGCGCGUUUUGAACAGUCCAACUCCAUGCAAACGAAUUGAAUGCGAUGCGGUCCAUGUCGUACGACUUGGAGCGCAAACACCACGACGACAAGCGAGUGUAAGCCGCUCGAAUCCGUAGGCCGCCUGCUAGCUCGACGUUCUUCAUCUAUACUGACUUGCGCGCAAUUUCCCCCGUUGGGUUUACGGCAUCCUUUUGAACAGAUUGCAAGAGGAGAAUAUGAGGUUACAGGAAGAAACGAUUCGUCUGCGCCAACAGCUCGACCAGCGACCGCCGCCAGGCUCGUCCUCGCUACCCCUCGGUGGACUGCCACAAUCGUCUGCAUCGUCCCGACCCGUUCUGCCUUCCAUCAUGGCUGGAGGGGGUGUUGGUGGUCCUCCAGGAUCGAGUUCGGGUGGUCGACCGGGGUCAUCGGGGUUCCCGCCGAGCGAGUAUGCGGAUAGGGAUCGGUACGGACCGCCAGGGGGAGGGAUUCAGGUCCAGGGCCUACGUGACCGACCGAUCGACAGGGAUGCGGAGCACACCAAGCGAUCGAGGGAUGAGGAUGAGCGGUAUGGGGGCGCAAUGACACCCAUCGGCGCGAAAGGGAAAGGUGAGACCCGACACUGGAACAGCACGGAAUGCGAAGCUUGCGAGAGAAUGCUUGCUGACCUGAAUUUCCUGGUGCGCGUGCGCUCUUACCUUAGGCUACUCGUCGAAACCGAGUCCGAAUGUGUCCAACAUGUCGCCAUACCCUCAACAACCAGGGUCUCGACCUUCUUCGACGGCACCGAAUGGUGGGCCAAGCCGCGACCACGCCGCCUCCCCGCGUCCGCACCCCGGUUCCGAGAUGGUAGGCGGUCUGAAGGAGAACGAGGCUUUCGACCCCGAUACGACAGGGUUCAAAAAGGAAGGCAGCGACUGGUUGACGGUGUACAACCCCAACGUCAAGCGGGUGCUCGAUGUCGGGCUUGUCCACACGCUCGUCCACGAUUCGGUCGUGUGCUGCGUUCGCUUCUCCCCCGACGGCAAGGUGCUCGCGACGGGUUGCAACCGCAACACGACCCUAUACGACACCAAGACGGGGGCUAAGCUCUCGAUCCUCAACGACGACGCGUCCAACAGCAAGCAGGACAACUACAUCCGAUCGGCGUGCUUCUCCCCCGACGGGCGGUUCCUCGCGACCGGGUCCGAGGAUUGCAUAGUACGGAUUUGGAACCUUGCUCAGAAGCGCGUCGCCAAGAUCUUCUCGGGCCACAAGUCUGAAAUUUAUUCGCUUGCGUUCUCGCCGGAUGGACGACGCCUCGUCAGUGGUUCGGGCGAUCGCAGUGCCAAGAUGUGGGAUAUGGAUUCGGGGACAUGCUUGUUCACAUUGCAGAUCGACGACGUGACGAUCGCGGAGAACGGACCUGUCGACGCGGGCGUCACCUCGGUCGUGCUUUCCCCCGAUGGGCACUACAUCGCCGCCGGUUCGCUCGACACCGUCGUCCGCUUGUGGGACGCCCAUACGGGCAAGUUGUUGGACAAGCUUAAAUCGCACAAGGACAGCGUCUACUCCGUCGCCUUCUCCCCCGAUGGGAAGUAUCUCGUUUCGGGUAGUCUGGACAAGACGUUGAAGAUUUGGGAUAUGAACUCGUUCAAGGCGUUGAACAACAAGGAACCGGGGUCGAUUGCGCAAGGUGGGGAAGGGGGGAAGACGGCAUGUGUGACGACUUUGGUCGGGCACAAGGAUUACGUUUUGUCGGUGAGUAUGCUUGUGCUUAUGUCCUCCUGACGCAACCUGGAUGCUGUGAGCUGAUCCGGUUCUGCGAUAAUCUUGGAUUCAAUCCAGGUCGACACAACCCCGGACGGCCUCUGGAUCGUCUCGGGUUCCAAAGACCGCGGCGUGCAAUUCUGGGACGUCAAGACCUUCAAAGCGCAGUUCAUGCUCCAAGGCGCCAAGAACUCCGUCAUCUCCGUCGCCGUCUCCCCCGUCGGCGGGUUCUUCAGUACCGGUUCUGGCGAUCACAGUGCCAAGAUCUGGACGUAUUCGAGUUUAUAG